GAAUUCUUUUCUUUACUUCUAGGUGUACUUAAACAUAAAAAUGGAAAUCUCUUGAAACCUUUAGCACAAGGAGAUGCAAGAGCUAGUAGAGAAUUAUCAUUUUAUGAGAAUGUUUAUAGAAAUUGUGAUCAUGACUCUGAUUUAAAUGAACUAGUGAAGUAUUUACCUGCAUUUCAUGGUACAUUGGAAACAAAAGAUAUGACAUACUUAUGCCUAGAAGACGUUUGUCAAAAUUUCCAGAAGCCAUCAGUGCUAGAUAUUAAAAUAGGUCUUGUGACCCACGAUCCAACUGCUACAAACGAAAAAGUUCGUUUAGAAAAAGAAAAAUAUCCACCUGCAAAAAUUUUAGGAUUUCGAAUUCUAGGAAUGAAAGUUUAUCUUGAUACAGAAAACACAUAUAUUUCUAAGGAUAAAAUAUUUGGCAGGCAGCUGGCUCCUGAGGACAUUAUUUCUGGUGCUUUAAAGGUAUGCCAGGACAGGACCAAACUGAAAAUAUUGAUAUUUGUUGACUGAUAGACUAAUACGGUAAUGUUGGCUGAAGAAGAGUGAUGAAAAAGUGGUGAUAUAUGGUGUCUCCACUUCAAGUUAGUUUUGUUUUAGUGAAGACACUGUUAGCAUUGAAAUAUAUUUUCAAAAAUAUAUCAUUUUAAAAUCAAAAUGCAUUAAGCACCAAAUUUAGAUCGUUUAUUAUCAAAAAAAAUUUUUUUUGCUGUUAAUAAGUUGUAAUACUUCCAACAUAAUGCCUCCACAGCCAGUUAAGUUAUGAAUUUUUAAUUUAAAAAGCAGUUCCAUCAUUAAGAGCAAACUGUUCCAGCAUAUUUUAGAAUAUAGCAUUAGCGUUUUUUUUUUUUUUUUUUUUUUUUUUUUUUUUUCAAUAAGUAUAUAUUUUGAUGAAAUGGCAUUUUUAGUUGGAGUAUGUUUAGAUAUCGUAAUAAUUUUUCAAAUUUUCUUAAUUAGGAAGCAAUCCUUUGUUAAUUAAUAUUUCAACCUUGUUACUAUCCUUGUUCAUAUUUAAAUAAGGUACAAGAAUAUUAUUAUUUUCUUUCUUAUCUUUCUUCGAAAGUAGAAUCAGAAGUUUCUAAAUCCAGAGUAUUUGCUUUUCCUGCUCUAAAUUUUUUUGAUAUAAUAUAUUGAUUACCCCAAGUUGAAUUCCAUGAGCAUUUUUAUUAUUUUGAUACACUUUCGGUCUUCAGCUUUGGUGCUCGUAGCUUGUUCGUAAUGAGCAGCAACACCAAAGAGUUCCUGCCUUAAGGCAACUGCCUAAGGCAGACUACUGUGUGAAUGAGAGCAUCACUACAGAGAUCGAUGCUAACUGUGAGACUUCCUUUGGAGUUGUCAAUACUGCUAAGGCUUUUGAGACUAAUACCCAAGAAUAUAUGAUGGAAAGAUUUUAAGAUCUGGAUACAUAGACUGAAGCUUCCAACAUGCAUCUUAAAUUAUAUCAACAGAGACAAUGAGCCGCAGACAAGGAUUCAGCUACCAAACCAACAGUCAAACUGAUCCAGGAAGGCAUGAAGCAAAUAUUCUGAGAGAUUCUCUUGACUGGUGUUGAAGCAGUCUUCCCCCUUGUAAAGCUGUAAGUCUCGGCAGUCUGUUCCUCAGAUGGGAAUGCACUGGUGAAGACUGAUUUCUCACUGAAGAGGACGUCCAUCCAUCUGAUGUUUUCUUAGGAGGUAGUUGAAUGGGCCCACAUUCUAUAGGCCAAUGAGUAAACCUAGACAGGACAUCGCUGGAGCUUUCCUGGAAUAUUCCAUCUUGUGAAUCUAGUGUUUCAGAAGUCACUAACCCGAAGCCAUGGUAGAUUGCAGGAAAGUGGUAUCAACCCUAUUGGUUCUAACGGGCACAUACGUCCUAAAGAUUAGAUUUCAUUACUUAUUCAGUAAGUAGAACUCGCUUUUAAACAGGUUUUUACGUUUGCAGUGUUUUUAAGGAAUUAGAAAACAAAUAUAUGUCUAAAGAAACCUGGCCUAUUUGCCAAAUGUGUCAGGUUGCACUUUGUAAAGACUGCUUUAUGUCAUCUUAUACUUAACUUGUACUGUAAAAAUAAAAUAUUCGGUACAUUUCAUUUAACUUUAGUAUUUAUUCACAUACAGUAUAAGGUUACUAUCACAAUAUCCUAGACAAUUACGGCAAAUAGUCCCAGUUG